CCGGGGAGCAGGAUGGGGGAUUUCGCAGCCCCCACUGCUGCCGCGAAUGGCAGUAGUAUUUGCAUCAACAGUAGCCUGAACAGCAGCAGCCUCGGCGGGGCCGGGAUCGGUGUGAAUAAUACUCCCAAUAGUACUCCCGCUGCCGGCGGCUGCGGUGGCGGCUCAGGGGGCCCCGGCGGCGGCUCAGCGGCGGUUCCCAAGCACAGCACCGUGGUCGAGCGACUCCGCCAGCGCAUCGAGGGCUGCCGGCGGCACCACGUCAACUGCGAGAACAGGUAUCAGCAGGCUCAGGUGGAGCAGCUGGAGCUAGAGCGCCGGGACACCGUGAGCCUCUACCAGCGGACCCUGGAACAGAGGGCCAAGAAAUCGGGCGCCGGAACCGGCAGCGGCAAGCAGCAGCACCCGAACAAACCCCAGCAAGAUGCGGAGGCUGCCUCGGCUGAGCAGAGGAACCACACGCUGAUCAUGCUACAAGAGACUGUGAAAAGGAAGUUGGAAGGAGCCCGAUCACCUCUUAAUGGAGACCAGCAGAAUGGUGCUUGUGAUGGGAGUUUUUCUCCAACUAGUAAGCGAAUCCGAAAGGACAUUCCUGCUGGAAUGGAAACCAUCAACAGUUUGCCCAACAACAUGCCACUGCCUUCAGCUUCUCCUCUUCACCAACUUGACCUGAAACCUUCUUUGUCCUUGCAGAACAGUGGAACUCACACUCCUGGGCUUCUAGAGGAUCUGGGUAAGAAUGGUAGACUCCCAGAGAUUAAACUUCCUGUAAAUGGCUGCAGUGACUUGGAAGAUAGUUUCCCCAUCUUGCAGAGCAAGGACCUCAAACAAGAACCUCUAGAUGACCCUACUUGCAUAGACACAUCAGAAACAUCUCUUUCAAACCAGAACAAACUGUUCUCAGACAUUAACCUGAAUGAUCAGGAGUGGCAAGAAUUAAUAGAUGAACUGGCUAACACAGUUCCUGAAGAUGACAUACAGGACUUGUUCAACGAAGACUUUGAAGAGAAGAAGGAGCCAGAGUUCUCUCGGCCAGCUACUGAGACGCCACUGUCCCAGGACAGUGUAAGUGUGAAGAGUGACCCCUCCCACUCUCCUUUUGCACAUGUCUCCAUGGGAUCUCCCCAAACAAGGCCUUCAUCUUCUGGUCCUCCUUUUUCUGCUGUCUCUACGGCUCCUAGUUUACCAUCUGUUGCCAACACUCCCGCAGCUCCAAACCCCACCAGCUCACCAGCAAACUGUGCCGUCCAUUCCCCUCAAACUCCAAACCAAGCCCACACUCCAGGCCAAGCCCCACCACGGCCUGGAAGCGGCUAUCUUCUAAAUCCAGCGGCAGUGACGGUGGCAGGUUCGGGAUCGGGUUCUGUGGCUGUACCCAGCUCCGACAUGUCUCCAGCCGAGCAGCUCAAGCAGAUGGCUGCACAGCAACAGCAAAGGGCCAAACUUAUGCAGCAGAAGCAGCAGCAGCAGCAGCAGCAGCAGCAGCAGCAGCAGCAGCAGCAGCAGCAACACUCAAAUCAGACUUCAAGUUGGUCUCCCUUAGGGCCUCCAUCCAGUCCAUAUGGAGCGGCCUUUACUGCAGAAAAACCAAAUAGCCCAAUGAUGUACCCUCAAGCCUUUAACAACCAAAACCCUAUAGUGCCUUCAAUGGCAAACAACCUGCAGAAGACGACAAUGAAUAACUACCUCCCUCAGAAUCACAUGAAUAUGCUCAAUCAGCAGCCAAGUAACUUGGGUACAAACUCUUUAAACAAACAGCACAAUAUUCUUACUUAUGGCAACACUAAGCCUCUGACCCAUUUUAAUGCAGACUUGAGUCAGAGAAUGACACCACCAAUGGCCAACCCCAACAAAAACCCCUUGAUGCCCUAUCUCCAGCAGCAGCAACAGCAACAACAGCAACAGCCUCCCCCACCACACCUCCAGGCUCCCAGGGCACACCUGAGCGAGGACCAGAAACGCAUGCUGCUCAUGAAACAGAAAGGAGUGAUGAAUCAGCCCAUGGCUUACGCCGCCCUCCCACCCCAUGGUCAGGAGCAGCACCCAGUCGGACUUCCCAGAACCACAGGCCCCUUGCAGUCCUCGGUGCCCCCAGGCUCGGGCAGCAUGGUCUCCGGAGCCAGUCCCUCGGGUCCCGGCUUCCUAGGCAACCAGCCCCAGGCAGCCAUCAUGAAGCAGAUGCUCAUGGAUCAGCGGGCCCAGCUGAUGGAGCAACAGAAGCAACAGUUCCUGCGGGAGCAAAGGCAGCAGCAGCAGCAGCAGCAGCAGCAGAUUCUGGCUGAGCAGCAGUUACAGCCAUCACACUUACCUCGGCAGCACCUCCAACAGCAGCGGAACCCAUACCCAGUGCAGCAGGUCAAUCAGUUUCAAGGCUCUCCCCAGGAUAUAGCAGCUGUGAGAAACCAAGCAGCGCUCCAGAGCAUGCGAACAUCCCGGUUGAUGGCACAGAAUGCAGGCAUGAUGGGAAUGGGACCCUCCCAGAACCCAGGGACAAUGGCCACAGCAGCAGCCCAGUCUGAGAUGGGACUGGCCCCUUAUAGCACCACACCAACCAGCCAACCAGGAAUGUACAAUAUGAGCACAGGGAUGACCCAAAUGUUGCAGCAUCCAAACCAAAGUGGCAUGAGCAUCACACAUAACCAAGCCCAGGGGCCGAGACAGCCCACCUCUGGGCAAGGGGUUGCGAUGGUGAGUGGUUUCGGGCAGAGUAUGCUGGUGAACUCAGGCAUUACCCAGCAGCAUCAGCAGAUGAAAGGCCCUGUGGGCCAGGCCUUGACAAGGCCCCAAGCCCCUCCAAGGCUUCAAACCAUUAUGGGAACAGUCCAGCAAGGAACGCAGAGCUGGCAACAGAGGAGCUUACAGGCAAUGCCUGGGAGGACUAGUGGAGAAUUAGGACCAUUCAACAAUGGCGCCAGCUAUCCACUUCAAGCUGGACAGCCAAGACUGACCAAGCAACACUUCCCACAAGGACUGAGCCAGUCAGUUGUGGACACCAACACUGGUACAGUGAGAGCCCUCAACCCAGCUGCCAUGGGUCGGCAGAUGAUGCCGUCGCUCCCGGGGCACCAAGGUGCCAGCCAGGCUAGACCGAUGGUCAUGUCUGGCCUAAGCCAGGGUGUCCCUGGCAUGCCAGGGUUCAGUCAGCCCCCAGCACAGCAGCAGAUGCCUGGUGGCAGUUUCGCUCCAAGCAACCAGAGCCAAGCCUAUGACCGGAACCCCCCUCAGGACAUGUCAUACAAUUACAGUGGUGAAGGAGCAGGGGCUUUCCCCGGUCUCCAGGAUAGUGCGGACCUUGUGGACUCCAUCAUCAAAGGUGGGCCAGGGGAUGAGUGGAUGCAGGAGCUUGAUGAAUUAUUUGGGAACCCCUAG